CCGGCGCUGUUCGUCUGGAGUCGCUCCCGAUGUCCGCUUAAAUCGUGCGGUGAAACAGCGACAAAUUUUUCUUCCUCUCUUUCUUCCCUUUUCUUCCUUGUGAUAAAGUGGGUGGGGAGUGGUUAAAUCCUUCCUCCUACUUCUCCUACAUUUCUCCUGAUACUCAUACUACUUCUACUCGUUGAAUGCUACUCAUGUAAUCACUUAAAGUGUAGAAAGUAAGACUACUUGCUCUUUUUCCCAUCCCCCGUUUAUUUGAAUACUUCUUUUUUUUUAUUGCUCAGCCGGAAAAUCGAGUGUGACAUGACAGACGAAAAGAGGUCUUGGCAGAAAGGCUGAAAGAGAACUUGGCUGAAAGACAGAAAGAGAACUUGGCAGUAAGACAGUGUGGGAUCGCAACUAGUAGUGGUCGGACUGCAGACCUCGUCGGAGGUGGUGUGUGAUCAGAACCAAUGCUCUACCCCUGGUGCCGUGGUCGAAAUUUUAGAUAACAGUGAGCUUAUCAUGUGGAAAACCGUUCCUUUAUGAAAGAAAUCAAGUUAGGUUUGAUUUUAUCGCUCGUCCUUGAAUUCAGUGAAGAAUUUACUCGACUUUCAGAUUGUAUUCUUCCCUGACUACGACCGGAAGUGAUUAAGUGAACCGCUAAAAUUUAGACCACGUAGAUUCUGUUAGUAGAAUAGUGCUUGGCGUGUGCCACGAUGGCAGCAUUACGAUCUACUUCGGCAUCCCUCAGUCCUUUGAUUAUGGCGAUAUCCUUCGUGAUAUUGGCCACUGCCACUUUGACCAGCGCCUCAGAGGCGGGCCUCAACGAAACUGAUGAAUGGCCUAACUGCACCGAAGGUCUUGUCAUCCCAUUGUGGCAGCCUCAAAUUGGAAUAACUAUGGGAGACCGAGUGGGAAGAGCCAUUGUUUACUUCACGGUAAUGUUCUGGAUGUUCAUUGGUGUAUCUAUCGCUUCCGAUCGUUUCAUGGGCUCCAUCGAAAUGAUCACUUCAUCCGAGAAAGAAGUCACCAUCAAGAAAGGCAACGGCGAAACCCAAGUCAUCGUCGUGCAAAUCUGGAACGAAACUGUGGCCAACUUGACUCUCAUGGCGCUGGGAUCAUCGGCUCCUGAAAUCUUGCUGUCCGUCAUUGAAAUUUACGCCAAGAAUUUCGAAGCUGGCGAUCUUGGACCUGGUACGAUCGUAGGCUCUGCCGCCUUCAACCUGUUUGUCAUCAUCUCGAUUUGCGUGUACGUGAUUCCAGAUGGCGAAGCCCGCUACAUCAAGCAUCUCCGGGUGUUCUUUGUCACUUCUACUUUCUCUAUCUUUGCCUACAUUUGGCUUUACAUUAUUCUUGCUGAAAUUUCCUACGGUAUUGUGGAAUUCUGGGAAGCCUUCCUGACUUUCAUGAUGUUCCCUGCCUUCGUCAUUCUGGCGUACAUCGCCGACCGUCGUUUGCUGUUCUACAAGUACCUCACCAAGGAGUACCGUAUGGGUAAACGUGGCGUAAUUAUUGAGGUCGAAGGUGAAAGCGUUGAACUGGGCAAGAAGGACGCCGGAGUCACGUAUGAGGAAGCCGUCGAUGAAUCUGUGAAACAAUUUGACGAACACAGGAAAGAGUACAUGAGUGUCAUCCGAGAAUUGAGAGCCAAGCACCCUGACAUCGGCAUGCAACAGCUUGAAGCCAUGGCUCGGGAAGAGAUCAUCAACCGAGGACCAAAAUCCCGUGCGUUCUACAGAAUUCAAGCCACCAGGAAGCUCACGGGAGGUGGUAACGUGAUGAAGAAGCUGAGAGAAGAAGAAGGAACUGAGAAGAAAGAUGGCGAGUCUGCAGGUGAGGUCGUCGACAAGGAUCUCAUCCGAGUGUCCUUCGACCCCGGCCACUACACUGUCAUGGAGAACGUAGGAACCUUCGAUGUGACCGUUGUGCGCGAAGGAGGAGAUCCUAAUGUUAUGAUCCUGGUGGACUACAAGACUGAGGACGGCACUGCCAACGCUGGAAGUGACUACAAGGCGGCUGAAGGAACCAUUGUAUUCCUACCUGGGGAGACCCAAAAGUCCUUCAAGCUCGAGGUUGUGGACGACGACGUCUUUGAAGAAGACGAGCACUUCUACGUGCGUCUGUCCAACGUCAGGACCGGUUCACUUGAUGGCUCAAACGGAACCGCCGGAAAAGGACCGGUUAGGAUGGAACUUUCUGCCCCGUACGUCGCUACCAUCAUGAUCCUUGACGAUGAUCACGGCGGCAUCUUCAACGUCGGCGAGAAGGACAUCGAGAUUGUCGAAACUGUCGGCAAUUACGAGCUGAAGAUCACGCGCUACUCGGGAGCUCGCGGCCGAGUUUCUGUUCCUUAUCACACGGAAGACGGCACCGCCAAGGCUGGCAAGGAUUACGAAGCGGUUGAAGGCGAACUUAUAUUCGAAAACAACGAGACAGAACAAUACGUGACCAUCCCCAUCCUGGAGGAGGACAGCUAUGAGAAGAAUGUCGUCUUCUACCUGGACAUCGGCGAGCCUAAGUCUCUUGGAGAACCUGUAACCCGCCUGCGUGGAUGCUUAAGAAACUGGCAGUUAAAUGAUUACCAUUUAAAAAAUAUUUAUACAUGUUUUUUUCAAUAAAAUUCAAAUAAUAAACGGAAUAUCUUGUUGAA